CUGUUUUCGGCGGCGGCGCCGGAAGCGGAAGUGGCGGCGGGGCGGGAUGGAGGAGCCCGAGAUGCAGCUGAAGGUGAAGAAAGUCACAGACAAGUUCACAGAGAGCCUGUACGUGCUGGCCAACGAGCCCUCCGUGGCUCUGUACCGGCUGCAGGAGCACGUUCGGAGGUCCCUGCCAGAGCUGGCACAGCACAAGUCUGACAUGCAGAGCUGGGAGGAGCAAAGCCAAGGAGCCAUCUACACAGUGGAAUAUGCCUGCAGUGCCAUCAAGAACAUGACAGACAGCAGCGUGUACUUCAGGAGCAUUGACAGCCUGCUCAGACAGGCCAUUGCCAUGAAGGACCAGCUGAACGCUGCUCAGGGCCGCAGCACUGGUGCCCCACAAGCCAAGAACCCUCCAGCCAGUUCCUGAUCUCAGACAAGACUGGCCAUCCUCUGCCACCAUCUCCAGCCCACCUCUAUCUUCUCUGACCACAUGGAGGAGUGAGAAACCACCUGCUCUGUCUGUGAAGCUGCCCAGAGGCCUCUGCCUGCCUCCCUGCUCCUGGGAACAAGGUGCUGCACCUGGGCAGGCAAAUCCUGGGGUCAGGACUGCCUUUGGGGGGUGCUUUGGGGAGCACUUGUGUCCCUUUCCACAGCACUUUUCAAAAGGGAAAGGGAGUGGAUCUGCAUCUGUCCUUCUUCUCCCUGCCAGGCUGCUACGAGGCAUUUCUUUUCUCUACCUCUUGGCCACAAAUAUCUCAGAAAAAAAACCCAAACAAACCCAAAACUAGGUCUUGCUUUCAGUGUGUUGUGGAUGGUUGGGUAGAGACGUAACGUGGGCACACUUCAGCUUUGUGCAGGAGGCAUUCUGCAAGGAGGGUUUUUCAUCUGGGUGCCAGGGAGUUGAUGAAUUUGGUUUCAGUGAGAACAAUAAUAAAAA